UUACUAAGGAGAUCGCCCUUGCAUCGAUCAGAUGGUGGAUUACCUGCUGCACCUGAAGGAGAUCUGAUCUCUAUCGAACAAAUCCAUACAAUGCGAGAACAAGAGCUAACAACUCUCUAUGUUGACUAUGGACACCUGCUGCACAAGGAUGACGUCCUUGCUGAUGCCAUCCAGAAGCAAUACUACCGCUUCCUCCCCUACAUCCGGUGCGCAGUCCACAGCCUUGUGGCGGAGUUUGAGCCAGAAUAUCUCAAAUUGAAUCCGACCGCGGCUGCCACAGACUCUGUGAACCUGCAGUCGCGUGAGUUCAAUGUCACAUUUUACCAUCUCCCUCUAGUCUCCGGUAUACGACCUCAGAGCAGACAAAAUCGGGCGAGCGAAGUAAGCCCAGAACUUCUGUAUGGCACCUUCAUCUGCGAGGUCUGUGGAGGGAUAGUCAACGAUAUCGAGCAACAGUUCAAGUACACAGAGCUGAGCCUCUGUCCAAACCCAACCUGUGGUAAUCAGGUUGCGUGGCAAUUGCAGAUCAACAGUUCGAAGUUCACAGAUUGGCAGAAAGUGCGCAUUCAAGAGAAUCUUCCAGAGAUUCCUACGGAUCUAUGCCCCGAUCCCUGGACAUUGUUUUACGUUCGGAGCUCUUCGAACGAGCAAAGGCAGGUGACAAAUGUGUGUUCACAGACACAUUCAUCGUCGUGCAAGGCAUUAGCCAACUUGGACUUCGUGGAGCCAAUAAACCAGAGCUGAUGAGG